CCCGGGUUCCCCCUCCUGCGUCUCCCCACGUCCCCCAACCCUCCCAGGGCGCGUGUCCUCUGGAGUGCGGCCCCGUGCCCUGCAGCGCUCCGGGGGUGUGUCGCGGGGGGGCGUCCUGGUUUGCCCUCCGGCUCCCCGGGGCCCCCGCGGCCUCUCCCGGUGCCCGUCGCUGGCGCCCCUGGUCGUGCUGGAGAGACGCGCGGCCCGCGCCGGGCGUGCCGAGCGGGAGACGUUUGCGGGGAGUAGCGCGGCGAGUGCAGGCGGGUCCGCGUUCGGAGCAGAUGAUCUCGGACCUUUUCCGAAGGCGACAGUCUGGGUGCACCCGCGGGCGCAGCCGGUGGAAGCUGCCCCUGUCGGUCUUGGGUUGCGAGUUCGGGGCCCGUCUUGGGUGUAGGGAGGACGGAACAUUCACUCUCCAGGACAGAACCAUAGGGACAGUUGUUGCCCUUCCGACUGAGAAUUGGCUCAGAACCCCGGGACUCCAGGCCCCUGGAGAAGGUGGGUGGUUGGGGAAGGAGAGCUUGGCUGUGCUUGGUGCCGGCGCUUCGGAUUUCUCCGUGCUGACGUGUGCUCCAGCGUUGCCCCUCGGAAAAGUGACCCAAAUCUCUGCCCGCCCCCUUUGUUCAUCACUAGCCUGUCGUGGUUUUUUUCUUUCUUUUCGGCAGGGCAGUGGCCGAAGUGAACGGCUGCGUUUUGGGUGUCGAGUAGACAGUCAAGAAUUGGUGAAGUCAGGUUCCUGCAGACAGCUCAGAACUUGGGGCUGUGCUCGGGUGAAGUAGAGCUUUAGAGGUGGAAUGAGAGGGGACCUCUGAGGGCAUGGGGUCCGAGCCUAGGCCUCCUGGCCCCCAUCUCAGCUUGUACCUAACCAGGGCCAUCCCUGGGGGAGACAGGCUGUGGAGGUUCUAAGAACAGUUCAGUAUUUGGAAUUCUAGUUGUUAGAAAGCUCUUCUGUGUCGAGUAGAAAUAAUCUUCAUCUAACGUGUUCCACGGAUCCAGCUUCUAUCAGCUCCAGGAAUGGUGUAUACAAGGCAGCCUUUCAAGUGUUUGAAAAACAUCCCUCUCUCUGAGUUCUAGUUUUCACGGCAAGUCUCUGUUUCUUUUAAUGGCAAGUCUCUGUUUCUUUUAAUUCUUCUGCCAGCAGGGGUGUGGCUUUGGUUCUGUUUUCUGCUGGUCUCAGUCACUGGUGCGGUUGCACGGGCCCUGCAGUUACUCUAAUCCCAGACCGCUUUCAGCAACAGCCCGAGAGAAGAGAAGCGGGUUAUUACUUACAGAACCUGGAAAGUUGACAGCAUACCUGGGGUCCCACAGUGAGGUGGGGGCGUGAAGAGAGUUAGGGUUAGUUUCUGCUUGCAUGGGGGUUGAGGGUGGAGCCUAGGGCUUCUCAGGCUUCCUUUUUACUGGGGAAUAUAAGACACAAGAGGGAAUGUGAAGCAUGAGAAGAGAAAAGACAAGUGGCCCAAAAGGUCUGUUACGGAAACCAACUAAGAGCAGAUUUCAGACAGAGGCCUGGCUCUUCAUGGAGUGGCAGAGGAAAAGUGUUUAUUCCUCAGCAAUCAAAACUUAAGUCAGGCCCUUGCAUACAAAAAAGGCAAACUUUUCAGGGCUUGCGGGACAGGGUCCCUCCCUCCCAGCUCAUUUUCCACAUGAAAUUACCUUGUCCGUAUUUCCCUGAAGGAGUGAUACGCGGGUUGGGCCGUGGCCCUCCAUGUGUAGUCUGACAAACCCAGUGUUGACUGAAACCGCAAACCCCCAUGAUCGUGGCUUCAGGCUGGUUGACCCAGCUUUAGCCUCCUUGGCUAUCAGUCCUGGACCUUCCCAUGGCUGCUGCUGCUCACCUGUCUUCCUCACUGCCCUUUGGCAGUUGGUUUUGGAAGGAGCAGUGUGAGAGUAAGGUUGUCCUGUUGGCCAGUUACCCCAGAGGAGUGAAUUAUACGGAGGAUUACAAAGUAUAAUCAAGUACAGUAUCCAGAAAUUAUUUCUCAUUACUUCCAACAGUUGGAUUUGACUAGAUGGUAGAGCCAUUAUUUGGUUGGGCAAGGUAUCUUUGAAUCUGUUGUUGGUGUUUUGGGGUGGUCAGGAGUAAGCGGUGAUUGUACGCAGUGUGAGGAGAGGUAGAUAAGCAGGCAGAGUUCGUACUCUCAGACCCUGCCGAUGGUCACACGCUUCCUCCUGGCGGCAACAGAGAGGGUUACCGCAUCGUCACAGAGUCUGUCAUUUGUGGCAAAGAUAACCAACAUGUUAUGUGUUAAUGUUUUUUUCUUUGAGAAUUUGAGAAUGUAGGCCUUUGGCUAGACAGUCAUGGGUUUGAAUUCUAGUCUCUUCAUGCACUGGUCUGUAAUCAGGAGUAAAAUGACUGCUCGGUCCCAAUUUGCCUCAGUAUGUUGUGAAGCUAACCAGACCCCUGGGACUGGUGGGUGGUGCCUGUAAGAUUGUAGCUCUUUUUACUAAAGUGCUAGCUUUUGCAUGUGAGGAAACUUUCAAAGUGAGGUGAAGUUGGAAGUAAGUGAUAGAUUACAUGGUAGAAAAUAAAGUGUACCCAAUAUAGAGUUAGUGUUUGCUUUCUGAAGGUAGAAUGAUGGCACUGAGAUAGGAUGGUAGGACAUUGCGUAGAGAGUUAGAUCCACCAUGGAAGAUGCGUGGUUUCCAGGCCUUUUCCCACAUAGACAUUUGGGCAGCAAGCGCAACUUCACUUUUAAGCAGUGACCUAUAUUUUAAGAUGACUGUCCUAGACUAGGGAUGUAGACUGUAGCCUCAGAAGUAAGUAGCUUAUCGAAGAUUAAGCUCGACCUCAUUAGCAGUUCUUCCAGUUGGCUAAGUUAACUGGCCAUGGACCAUAACCUAGCAAGGGCUCCAGAACAUCUUGAAAUGGGGUGAAAAUCUAAUAAUUGGGCCAUCCUGGUGAUUUGGAAAGUAUAAUGUUCAGGUCUAAGAUCUUGAUGAUGAAGAUGAACUGUUCCAACCGUGAAAUGUUAGAGCAUUUAUACUAAGCCCUAGGUUUCACGUAUUUUGUGUAUUUGUUGUGAGAAGCUGAAGAUUUAUCAUGAGUUCGUUUAUUUUUAUUCCUGGGAAAACCUCUCCCACCACAAUUGCCAGUAGUGUGCAUGGGGUAUGUGUAUGGAAGCUCUUCCCCCAGGGUUUAUGCUUCUUGUUCUGCUGUUAGAAAUCCAGAGGAUUGUGAGGGGGAAAGCAAGGAUAAACUUUGUAAUAAUAAAUUAUAGUAUGUCAUUAUGGAAGUGAAUUAGAAAAUGUGUCAGUCUUUGUGAAGUCUGGUGUUUUCUGUUUUCCCCAAUAGUUUACAUCAGGUGUUUUGUAAAAUGUUACCAUUUUAUGUGAAGUAAAAUAAUUCUUUCAGAAAGAGUUACAUGGGGUACCUAUAAAAUUGGAGAAGAUAUUUUAAUGGUUAUGGCUCCUGUGAGUUAGAUGGAGGCACAUUGUAUGUUAGCAGGUGGCUAAGAAGGGAUCACACUGUUGCUUUUUCUUCUUGAAUGCAGUUGGGAAGAAGGUAAGCAAUGUACCUUUUGUUAAAGAGGUAGAAAGGUUGCAUUACAUAUAUUUCCAAAGGGGGUGUAGGAGUCCUUGGAGCAGCUGUAGCCUGAAAACAGAUUUUGUAUUUGUUAAAAUAAAAUAUCCCCAUUCAUCCUGUAGUAUUUUUGCCUGAAAUUUGUACAUCCGAAUAUCCAAGUGAACAGAUUGAGUGGAUUCCUUGACUUGAUGUGUAUGUGGGGGUGUAGAGUUGUCAGGUAAAAUUUAGGACAACAGUUAAAUUUGAAUUUCAGAUAAAUAGUGAAUAACUUUAUAGUAUUUGUUGUUUACCUUUAUUUCCUUUUUUUUUGCUUUUAAAGAUUUAUUUAUCAAAAGUGAUCUGUAGCACUUGAAGUAUUCAAAGAGAAGUUGGUAGUAGUGUGAUUUUUGUAGACAUAUCUAUAUUCUUUUUAUGCUUAUAUCCAUUGACUUUGCCAUAUGUGAAUAUAUCCCUUUUAAGGCAGAUCUAUAUUCAAGAUAAUUUUAACCCUAAAUACCUGACUUUGUAGAUUGACUACUUGUCGUAAAAUGCUGUUUGCAGCUGUCGGGUAUGUGUUAGGUACCUCAAGUUCAUUUGCAUGCCUUCGAAAUUGUAAAUUACAAGCUUCUGGAUGGUUAUAAUGGAAUUUCAUCUUUGGCUUUUUUGUCUUUCAGAAUUUGGAGGGGGUGGGGUGGGUUAGACAGUUGCUGAUCAAAUAUAUUCCAUCUGUGAUAUUUUCAGAAUUCAGAACUUGAGACUGGCAUGUUAUUAGAACCCUAACUGGUGUGCUCUGACCUUUAAUGUAAGUAGCCCUUCAGAAACGUUUGUAUUUGCAGCGUGGCCCAAGUGCGAUCUGGAAGAUGGGAGGUGCGGUGAGCGCCGGCGAGGACAACGAUGAGCUGGUAGACAACCUGAAAGAGGCGCAGUACAUCCGGACCGCACCGGUCGAGCAGGCUUUCCGGGCUAUCGAUCGCGCAGACUAUUAUCUUGAAGAAUUUAAAGAAAACGCGUACAAAGACUUGGCAUGGAAGCACGGCAACAUCCACCUCUCGGCUCCGUGCAUCUAUUCGGAAGUGAUGGAGGCCCUGGACCUGCAGCCGGGGCUCUCCUUCCUGAACCUGGGCAGUGGCACGGGCUACCUCAGCUCCAUGGUGGGGCUCAUUCUCGGUCCUUUUGGUGUGAACCACGGGGUUGAACUCCAUUCGGAUGUAAUAGAAUAUGCAAAGCAGAAGCUGGACUUCUUCAUUAGAACCAGCGACAGCUUUGACAAAUUUGACUUCUGUGAACCUUCCUUUGUUACUGGCAAUUGCCUGGAGAUUUCUCCAGAUUGUUCUCAGUACGAUCGUGUGUACUGUGGGGCUGGUGUGCAGAAAGAGCAUGAAGAGUACAUGAAGAGUCUUCUCAAAGUAGGGGGCAUCCUUGUCAUGCCACUGGAAGAGAAGUUGACUAAGAUAACGCGAACUGGCCCUUCUGCUUGGGAGACCAAAAAGAUUCUGGCAGUUUCUUUUGCUCCUCUGGUCCAGCCCUGUCAUUCGGAGUCUGGAAAAUCAAGACUUGUCCAGUUACCGCCGCUGGCCGUGCGGAGCCUCCAGGACCUGGCUCGAAUCGCCAUCCGCGGCGCCAUUAAAAAGGUCAUCCGUCAGGAGACCGCGAGCGGCAGCGGCCACGGACUGAAGGGCACUCCCCGGGCCAAGCGACGCCGAGUGCGGCGCCGUCGCAUGGAGACGAUCGUCUUUUUGGACAAGGAGGUGUUUGCCAGUCGGAUCUCCAGCCCCUCCGACGACAACAGCUGUGAGGACUUGGAAGAGGAGCCGCGUCGGGAGGAGGACAGAGCCCCGCUGGAGGCGAAGCCGGCCCCGCCCGUGAACUUCCUGCGCGAGAAGGUCCUGAGCCUCCCUCUGCCAGACCCCCUGAAGUACUACCUGCUCUAUUACCGGGAGAAGUAAGUCUGGGCACCGGAGGAGGUGCAGCCCGAGGCCGCCCUCCCACCCCCACCCGGGCCCUCGCGGGGUCGCCGGCCUGCGCCGUGGGGAAGGAGAGUGCGGUCCUCUGCACGUUUCUGUGUUCAGUCUGUUCUUGGGUUUCCUCUAGAAUUCCAUCGUCGCUAUCAUUUCCGUAAACGUAGUCUUUUGACAAGCAAAGUGCAUAGGGGAAUGUUUUCUCAAAGGGGAGAGAAUCUCCUGGAGACGGGUGUUUGCUUUCUGCUCCGGUGAGACUCUGACAUCUGCGCGCAGAGACCCCCCGAGACACACAUGUCGGCAUUGCCCGUGAAGCAGGGAAGUUGAAAUUAACCCGCGUUGCUCCUAAAAUGUGUGAAAGAAAGCACAAGUUUGUAAGUGUGUGACCUCUUUCCCAGUUGUGAGGCACCUGUGUCCAAGUUAGAACUUUGUGGUACCAGCCUCUUGAGCACUGGCGCUGAUCUCCACUAACCUUUUCAGUUUCCUGGAGGGGGACCAUUAUCGAAAAACUCUCCCUUAUUUUAAAUAAAUGUGAUUAAAUCUUAUGUGAGUUGUCGAUUGUAAUUUUAAAGGAGGGAAAUUGUCAUGGGGGAGGAAGAAUAAAAGUAUCAAACCGCUAGAUGUCUGUCUGGAAUCGCAAAGUGAUUCGGAAUGUUUUCCUGACACUUUUUCUUACCUUCAGAAGAAUGAGUGUCAGAUAAUCCCUUAGGGAAUACUCAAGAAUGAAGCAAGUAUUGUGUAUGAUGACCUCCGUUACUUUUACCCCAAGGGUAGGGAUGACCGUUGACCCAACCUUGCGUACGCUAGUGGGUGUCUAAGGCAUGGACGUGCUCAGUCCUCAAAACGGGGGGACGUGUUUAAGCUGCAGGAAGUGCAGUGGGGACAGUGUUACCGAUCGCCUCUGCCUUUUUUUUUUUUUUUUUUAACAUCAGUUGGCUAUUUUUCUGUAAUCAUAUAGGUUUUGUCUUUUAUAACUCUGGGGGAAAAGACGUGUUAGUUUUCUAAUUUUUCUUAAUAACAAAUACGUGUAUUUUAGUAGCUCCAUUGCAUUAAAGGAAUGGUCUGAGCACCAGUGACUUGUGAAGUCUACCUUCUCCGGGCCCUUUGGGUUGAGCGCUUUCUGUCGUUACCAAGUUCUGCGUCUAGAAGAGAAGGCCAUCUGUCAGAUGGUAGAAUGCUUUCAAGUUAUUGGUCAUUCCAAAGCAUCUGUUCUUUUCAAACUUAUUUUUGUUCUGAAAAAAAAAGAAUGGCCUAAAAUGUUAGCAAGAAACCCGAACUCAAGAGUGCUGAUGUUGGAUGUGUCGUCUGGAGUUAAUGACUAGUUUUAUCCCUGAGCUUCUUGGGUGUCAGAAACCUCUUUGUGGUUUCACCAGCUGAACUGAGUUCUGGUAGUUUGUUUCUUUAUUUAAUUUCUUCUUCUUUUUCUUCUUCUUUUUUUUUUUUUUUUUUAAACUUUUCUAGGUAACUGUAUCAUUUUUUUCACAGGAUACUGUGUGCAUGCGUAGCUGGGGAUACAUGUCUGUUGCCCUAGAUUUGAAAAUGUAACCCUUUGUAAAAGACAGUUACUUCAUAGUUGUUUUUAACCUGGCAUUUAACUGAAGGUCAAGCAUCCUCGUCUCAGAGGCGCGUGGUUUACGUUCACUUGCGGUCACUUCCUAGCGUGCACAUCUCUGCUGACAUCAUUCUAAUUGAUACGUAGCAGUCUCUGCAAGCACGGACAUUUGAAGCAUAAUGUCAAAUACACGGUAUUUGUGAAAUCUGUUACACUAGGUGGCUUGACUAAGGUUUUUAAUUGUAUGUGAUUUUAUUUUUUUUUAAACCACAUUUUCCUUUAUGCUGGACUGUAAAAACUUCAUAAUGCAUAAGACAUGUUUUUCCCUACAUAUGUCAAACCUUUCUUAACAUUUGUGUUUGUGUUUACAUGUUGUCAGUUUGUGAUGUUUAAACCAGAAUUUGGUUAAAAGUAUAUGUAGAUAUAAUAUAUGUGAGAUAGUUUGGUGUUUAUCUUACACACCUAGAGAAGAAUUGUAAAUGGGUUUUCCUGGGCUAAAGUGUUCCUCACCAGAGCCCACGACGACGCACUCCUACUGUCUGCUUCCCGACAGAUGGAUUGUGCGUUACCUGUAGCCUCUGUACUGUAGCCCGCAUUCUAGACAACUUGACUUGUGUGUUUUGAGGAAUGUGUAUUUCUGUAUGUGAUUUUCGUCUUGAAAGUAGGAAAGCCAUAGACAUGUGCACAGGAAAUCGCAAAUGUACUAAUACCGAGUACGUAAUGUAGACACCAACUGUGUGUGUAACGGCGCUUCCGCAAGUCUGGACCUUUCAGGGAAUCGAUGCCAGAAACUACUAACAGCAAUUUUAGUGAGUGGAUAUACAUUGGGUGAACACAGAGGAUGUCAGUAAAUAUAGUUACGGCACUUGGGCCUCUUGGCAUGGCUUGUGUUUCCUACGUGGGAUUGAAAUUCUUGAGUACAUAUUUUCCAAAAAUCUUCAAAAAUAAACUUUUUCUUUAUUACAAGCAA